UCCUUGGCUGACACAGAGAGGACAGGUUAAGCCACAAUCGCGUUCACAUAGGUUUGACCCUCUCUAGUCUUCGUAGAAAGGAGUCAGGUAUCCGCUUCCUCGGCUUUCCCGGGAGGCACCACGGAAACGAAACUGAAUCAGGCUCCUCCCACUAUCUGCAGAGUGACCCAAUCAAGGCCCAGCCCGGGCUGAUCGCGUGCCCGGUGUCAUGGCGGCCUGCAGGCAUUGCUGCUGCUCGUGCCUCCGGCUCCGGCCGCUUAGCGGUGGUCCGCUCCGUCUGCCAGGGCGGAAUCGCACACUCACCCAAUUGCAGGUGCGAGCACUAUGGGGUGGCUCGGGGUCCCGAACCGUGGCUGUGGACUUAGACAGCAGAAAAUUAGAAAUAUCCUCUGGAAAACUGGCCAGAUUUGCAGAUGGCUCUGCUGUAGUACAGUGUGGAGACUGUAAAACAAAACCUUCACCUUCCCAGUUCAUGCCCUUAGUGGUUGACUAUAGACAGAAGGCUGCUGCAGCAGGUAGAAUUCCCACAAACUAUCUUAGAAGAGAGAUUGGAUCUUCUGAUAAAGAAAUUCUCACAAGUCGAGUAAUAGAUCGUUCAAUUAGACCUCUCUUUCCAGCUGGUUACUUUUAUGAUACACAGAUCCUUUGUAAUCUGUUAGCAGUAGAUGGUGUUAAUGAGCCUGAUGUCCUAGCAAUUAAUGGUGCUUCUGUAGCCCUCUCGUUAUCAGAUAUUCCUUGGAAUGGACCUAUUGGGGCAGUACGAAUAGGAAUGAUUGAUGGAGAAUGUAUUGUUAACCCAACACGAAAAGAAAUGUCUUCUAGUACUUUAAAUUUAAUAGUUGCUGGAGCACCUAAAAGUCAGAUUGUCAUGUUGGAAGCCUCUGCAGAGAAUAUUUUGCAGCAGGACUUUUGCCAUGCUAUCAAAGUGGGAGUAAAAUAUACACAACAAAUAAUUCAGGGCAUCCAGCAGCUGGUGAAAGAAAUUGGUGUUACCAAGAGGACACCUCAGAAGUUGUUUAUCCCUUCACCAGACAUUGUGAAACACGCUCAUAAAUUCGCCAUGGAAAAACUCUAUGCAGUUUUUACAGAUCAUGAACAUGAUAAAAUUUCCAGAGAUGAAGCUAUUAACAAGAUAAGAUUAGAUACAGAGGAACAACUAAAAGAAAAAUUUCCAGAAGUAGAUUCAUAUGAAAUAAUUGAAUCCUUCAAUGUUGCUGCAAAGGAGGUUUUUAGAAGUAUUAUUUUGAAUGAGUACAAAAGAUGUGAUGGUCGAGAUUUGACUUCACUUAGGAAGAUAAAUUGUGAGGUAGAUAUGUUUAAAAUUCUUCAUGGAUCAGCAUUAUUUCAAAGGGGACAAACACAGGUGCUUUGUACUGUUACAUUUGAUUCAUUAGAAUCCAGCAUUAAGUCAGACCGAAUUAUAACAGCUAUAAAUGGGAUAAAAGAUAAAAAUUUCAUGCUGCAUUAUGAGUUUCCUCCUUAUGCAACUAAUGAAAUUGGCAAAGUCACUGGUGUAAACAGAAGAGAACUUGGUCAUGGUGCUCUUGCUGAGAAAGCUUUGUAUCCCGUUAUUCCUAAAGAUUUUCCCUUCACCAUAAGAGUCACAUCUGAAGUACUAGAGUCAAAUGGAUCAUCUUCUAUGGCAUCUGCAUGUGGCGGAAGUUUAGCAUUAAUGGAUGCAGGGGUUCCAAUUUCAUCUGCUGUCGCAGGUGUGGCAAUAGGAUUGGUUACCAAAAACAAUGCUGACAAGGGUGAAAUAGAAGAUUAUCGUUUGCUGACAGAUAUUCUGGGAAUUGAAGAUUACCAUGGUGAUAUGGAUUUCAAAAUAGCCGGCACUAGUAAGGGAAUAACUGCAUUACAGGCUGAUAUUAAAUUACCUGGAAUACCAGUAAAAAUUGUAAUGGAGGCCAUUCAGCAAGCCUCAGUGGCAAAGAAGGAGAUAUUACAGAUUAUGAACAAAGCUAUUUCAAAACCUCGAGCAUCUAGAAAAGAAAAUGGACCUGUUGUAGAAACUAGCAUUAAACUUUACUAUAUAAAACUAUUUUUUUUAAAAGGAGUCACAAUUAGUCAGGUGGACGAAGAAACAUUUUCUGUAUUUGCUCCAACACCCAGUGCUAUGCAUGAAGCAAGAGAUUUCAUUACUGAAAUCUGCAAAGAUGAUCAAGAGCAGCAAUUAGAAUUCGGAGCAGUGUAUACCGCCACAAUAACUGAAAUCAGAGACAGUGGAGUUAUGGUUAAACUAUAUCCAAAUAUGACUGCUGUACUGCUUCACAACACACAGCUUGAUCAACGGAAGAUUAAACAUCCCACUGCUUUAGGAUUAGAAGUUGGCCAAGAAAUUCAGGUGAAAUACUUUGGACGUGAUCCAGCUGAUGGAAGAAUGAGGCUUUCUCGUAAAGUGCUCCAGUCUCCAGCUACAACUGUCGUCAAAACUUUAAAUGAAAGAAGCAGUAUCAUAAUGGGAGAAUCUGUUUCACAGUCAUCAUCUAAUUCUUCCCGCUUUAUUCUUCUAUGCAAAUGGAUUUUCAGAGCAUGGGGCAAAGAUGGCGAUUCCAUAGGAAGUUACUUGUCUCUGAGUUCAAAUUCUCCUGGAGGAGAAAAUGAUAGGCUCAGCUUGAGAAAGGUGUCAAACCUGAGUAGGAUUGCCAGAUAAAAUUAACAGAAUGCCAACUGAAAUUGGAAUUUCAGGUAAAUGAAUGUUCAGUGUAAGUAUGGCCCAUGCAAUAUUUGGGAUAUACUUAUAUUAAAAUUUUUGUUUAUUUGAAUUCAAAUUUAACUAGGUGUGCUAUAUUUUUGUUUGCUCAAUCUCGUAACCCUAAGUCUAGUACAAGCAACUAGUCAAGAGAAUUCUCAGAUGCCCACUCCUGAGAAGGGAGAAUGUUCAGAAAGAGUAGGCUGAGCCGAUACCAAGAUACUGCAGAACAAAUAUAAAAAGAAAAUGGAUAGACUUAUAUUACUCAGAAUGGGAUGUAGGUGGAAUGUGAAGGGAACAGAAAGAAGGAGGUAUAGCCGAGGAUUUCAGCCUGAAGGUUGUGAAGACAGUAGGAUCUGUGACAUGAAUAGUAAACCUAGAGGGUCAAAGCAGUUAUUGAAGAGAAAGGUGUCAGACUAAAUGUAAGUGUGAAGUCACCAACCAACAUAUUGGCUGGAUAUUCAUCUGAAUAUCCUAGAAAGCAGUUGGGACAUAAGUAACUUAUGCAGAGAUAAUAUUUUUAAAACAAUCCCAGUUUUACCAUCUCAGGCAUAUCUCAAAUCACUGUAACAGUUUCAAAAUACUCUGAAACUUACAAAAUUAAUUUAAAGGUAAUUAAAACUCCCUAUUAUGAGCACAGUACUAAGCUAUCGGAUAGUUUGUUUCCUACCGAUACAUAUACAUAGUCUAAUAUAUAGAGUUAACCAAUUUAUGAAAGGCAGGCUCAUGAGCACUCUAGUUGAGGUUUUAAAAAGUCAUAAAAAAUGGGGAAAGAAUAGGUUAAUUCUACCUGGAAGAAAAAGUGGAAGUUGCUAAGACAUGGACUUUGAAAAGGAUUUCAAUAUGGAGAGGUGAUAUCUGAGCUGCACUUUAAAGGAUGAUUAUAAAGGGAAAGUCUGCUGAUGGAGUGGAAACAGUUUUAUCAGUAGAUAAAGAAGACAGUAAAUAGAGGUCAGACUGUAGAGGGGUUUAGAAUAUUAGACUUAGGACUCUGAACUUUAUUCUGCAUGUGUUGGUAAACACUGAAGAAUACCCAACAUUUCAUGGAAACCAAAACUGCUUAUUUGGCUAUAGUUUUGAUACAGUUUUAUGGCUAUACAUUUUAAUGCAAUUGCCAAGGACUCAUAGAUUAGAAGAGGUGAUAUUUUUUAAAAAGCAUAAAAAUAUUACCAUUAUCAUUUAUGAAAACAGGCAAAUUAUCUUAAUAAAAUUUUGGAAAUAGCUAUCAGGACCAAGUAGAUCUGUGGGAAUGCAAAGAUGGACAGGCAUAUAAUCUCUAUAAUGAAUUACAGAGAAAAACCAUAUGAUAACAAGAUGCAAAAGAGGCAAUUUAUAGACUUCAAUGUACAUUUCCUAGAGAAUUUCGAAUAUUAGGAAAUGUCCUUAACUUGGUAAAUGGUAUCUAUCAGAAAUUAAGAAUAUGUAUACAACACUGGAGAUGUUGCCAUUGAAGUGAGGAAGAAAAUAGUCAUCACUAUAACUCUCAUUAGUGUUCUGAGGUCCUAAACAACAUGAUAAGAUUAAAAAGAGGUGGAGGAGUACAAAAACAUCUACAGAUAACCAUCUGAAAAACACUAAGUUGCUAUAAAACAAUGUGUUAGAACUAGUAAGUGAGCAGUGGCCACAUAGGUUUGCCAAAAUAAACUGCUGUCUUCUCCAGCAGUCAAACGUUGCCGUGGUAUGAGCUCAUUUCCACUUCUCACACUUUUUUCACGUUUUGAAGAGCUAUGUCAGCAGUGAGUUUGCCCCAUCCCCUGGGGUCCUGGCCAGGGUUAAAUCUUAUGUCCCAAAACGUAUCUCAAGUCAAUGAAAUUUUUAUUAGCCAGACUUAACCUCCAACCCCCUUGAUCAAGCACCCUCAAAAUCCAAUCCCAAGUGUACUUCUCUGGCUCCUGCUAGUACAUGCUAGCUUAUUUCAGUUACUUCAGUGUGUAGUCUUCUUCCUACCUUAUCAGGCCCAGCAGUCCCCAGCAGAGUAUGCCGAGGUUACCUAACUCUAGUUACCACAGCCUCUCAGCUAAGAGAAGAAACGGGAGCAACUAUGGAAGAGGUCUUUCUGCAAAGGGGUGGGCAGUGUUACCUCUUGCUAGGUAUUAUGAGCCAUUUCUGCAAGCCCUGAGGACCCAAGGGUGUCUACAGAGCCAAAAUCCUCAGGGACACCAUCCCUAGUUUCAAAGCUUCAGACUUUUCCCAACCAGGGCCCUAGAUGCAUAGCAGACCUCCCUAGGCUGAACAUUCUAACACCUUUAGAGCUCUGUAACUGUCAAAUCUCAUGUCUGUUCUUCCACUGCAGGGCCUCUUAUGAAGCCUAAAGUGUCGCCCUGGCUCCCAAACUUAGUUCUUAACUGUAUUAAGCGCCUCAUUUCAUUUUCCUUCUGCAAGGCAAUAGUACAACUUAAUCUAUCCUUGUAAGCAUUGUUUCCCCAUUUUUUUCAAAUCCUGAAUCACUGAAUAGGCAACAGCAUUCUUCCUCCUUCUAGGAUGUUUUCCUAGGUCACUACUGGUGUAGUCAGUAGUCACUUUGUGCCAGAGGCUAAGUAAACCAUUCCCCAAACCCCAUCUUACUGCCUGAUUUCUGGCACCCCUCCCCAUAUUACCAAUGUCAGUUCUGUCCUCAGAGAGGCAUAUGCCAAUAAAGGAUUAGUCAUACAAGAUACUGACUGGGGGAAAUGUCUGUGAAGGAUAAAAUAAGUGGGCUCAGGAAUUGACAAGGAGAGCCCACAUACCACAGUGCAAGUCUGACCUCUGUAAAAGGAGGGAGGGAAGGAAAUACUGGAUAGAAAGAACUUCAGACUAUUGUAAUUCCAAGAAAGUCUCAUUCAGGCUAGUAAGUUCCUCAAGCCAAAGAUGCCCAUUUUAGAGGAGUUCUGCUUUGGACAGCAAGGACAAAUUUUGUACCCCUGCUAUGCUCAAUCACCGGCUGGGAGCAGCUGGAGCUAUCUGUGGCUUCAGCACAAACAUAAUGGUGUAUCCAAAAGGGUGGCAGCUGGCUGUCAACUAUGUUCCCCAAAGCAAGUUCUCUUUAAGGAGAUGUGAGUGGUGUACUUAUGGCCACCACACCAAAUAUCAAAACAAAUUACAGCAAUUAAAACUCAUACUAGAGUUGAUCAAAUAAAAUAAUGGAAAAAUAAUGAAUUCAGACUUAAAUCCAGAUAUAUGUAUAUAAUUGUGUGUGUCUGUGAAUUUAAUAAAGAAUAUGAUCUAAGUAGCA